GAAAUUCAUGCGGUCUGUACUCAAGCUCUGACUGAGUUUUUGAGAUGUGGUUAGUGAAGCAACCGAUUUGCAUUUACGGAGUGGCGAAUUUCACGAGUCAGAUUGGUUCAAGUGAAGGAUAAUAAUUACUUAGGGGGUGCAUUGGUGCACUGUCUGACUGUUCAUUUGGUUUUGUCGUGGAAGAGAAAAAAAAGAAACAUUUCUGUUUUUGGAUGGCAAUGCAACGAUCUCAAGACCCAAGAACUGAUCUUGGUGAGCUGAAAACCCAGAUUUUGAAGAAGAUUGGGGUUGAAAAAUCUAGAAGGUACUUUUAUUACUUGAGCAGGUUUCUGAGUCAGAAGCUUACUAAGAGUGAGUUUGAUAAGUUGUGUCACCGGCUGUUAGGGAGGGAGAAUGUUUCUCUACACAACCAGUUGAUCCGUUCGAUUUUGAGAAAUUCGUCCCUGGCCAAGUUCCCACCGCCAGCUCAUGAAGCGGGUUACCCUGCUAAAUCUUUGGUAAAAACUGUUCAGAGUUCUAAUAGAGAAGAACAUGGCGGAUCUUUAAUCCCUAACCAUAAUCAAAACGAUCCUGCAUGUCCAAAUGGGAUUUUGCCCAUGUCCCCACGAAAGGUUAGGUCUGUAGUGCGUGACAGGAAGAUCAGGGACAGGUCUAGUCCUCUAGGCCAAAAUGGGAAGGUCGAAAGUCUGUUGCAUCAGCCCAUGUGUAGAGAAGACAACAACGGUACCAUCAAUGUGGAAAAUGGGGAUUUGGGUCGUUUUGAGCAUCAUAGAGCAAGCCAACUUGACGAUGAAAGAGAUGGUUCAUUUCUCUGUCCUGCUAUGUGGGAAAAGUCACGUUUUCGUAGAAGAUUUGAAGAGGAAGAGAAGCAAGCUAGCCUAAAUCUCUCGAGAAGUCCUCUAACUGCACCUCUAGGAAUUCCAUUUUGUUCGGCUAGUGUUGGUGGAGCCUGCAGAACUGUUCACAUCUCUACCUGUCCAGACCUAACUAGUUGUUAUGACAAUGGUGGGUUAUCUGAUACAGAGAUGCUGAGAAAACGGAUGGAAAAUAUUGCAGUAGCACAGGGUCUUGGAGGAGUUUCAAUGGAGUGUGCCAAUAUGUUGAGUAACAUGUUGGACGUGUACCUGAAGAAGCUGAUAAAAUCAUGCGUAGACUUGGUUGGAGCUAGGUCCACGAAUGGAAAUCUCGGGAAACAAGCUUUAGACAUGCAGCAGGUUCAAAACAGGGUUGUAAAUGGAAUGUGGCAGCGUAAUAAUUUGCAAUUGCAAUAUAGCAACGGGCUUUUAGACACAACACAAGAUCAACAUUCAGUGUCUCUGCUCGAUUUUAGAGUUGCAAUGGAGUUAGAUCCACACCAACUUGGCGAAGACUGGCCAUUGCUGCGGGAAAGAAUUUGCAUGCGUUUGUUCGAGGAACGAGAAUUUGGGGUGUGAAGGAAUCUUUGUAUGUUGGUUUUACAAAGUCAGCCUAUUCUUGAUUCGGUGACUGAAUUUUUUAUGAAUGACUGAUUCAUAACUUUCUGCAUCCGUAAUGGACCAGAUGGCUCCCCUCCCCUGCAUACUCUGUUAAGAUGAAGUUAUGAGUUCGGAGCUGAAAAAAACACAUUCCCGUCUGGCAGCAACAGACUUGGGACAGGCUAGUAGAUUAUUUUAGACUGCAAACCCAAGCUGAACAUAGCUAAUACGUGCCAUCGGUUCCAAUGUUGUAAGAUUAGCAGUCACUGGCCAUCCAUCCCUCUGUCUCAGCCAAUAAUGAGACCUGAGAAAGUUUUGCAGGGUGAAAGGUACAAUGCAACCAUGUAAUAGCUGCAGUAUUGCUCUGUGUGUAACCUAGUCUUAGAAUUUUUUAGGGUUCAUAUCUUAAUAACACUUUGACAUCCACUUGACAUUGCAUUUUUGUUUUAUUAAUGGAAGAGUUAUUUUCAAUGUCUUCAAGGAAUUGGCAUACCUUGCAUUCAAGUGGUAGUUUGUUCUGUUUCUUGUUCCUGAGGAGUCUCAUUUCAAGUUUCCGUUUAUAUAUGUUUCUUAAACCACUCACUAUUGCCCGAAGUUGUGACCCCUCAUGCAUGAAGACAUUGGCAGAAAAUGAAGAACACUGUCAGAUUAUCGACCAGGUGACUUUUAACUGACCGCCAAAGAAAAGUAUCUGCAUAUCAUUUUUUGAUAUGAAACUUGUGUUGUCUCUCUUGAUCGAUUUCUCUUCUCAGAAUGUGUUAUGCCUGCUACUUUCGUUUAUGUCUACAAUGUAAGCAAGUGCAUCAUUGCCCUGUAAGCCACUGUUAAAGACACUAAGCAGGUGAACUCAAAUUCAACCCAUGAAUUGAAGGAUCAUGGAGCUUAACAAAUAUAGCUUCAGUGCAGUUUUAGAGGUGCCAUUUUUUGGCAAGUAUCAAGCUCGGAGCUGCAGGCUACUCUGUGGACAGGGGGGCUAUGUUUUGGUAAGUUGUUCUUGGACUUCUUCAUAGCAUACAAACGUCUUUGAUGAUCUUCUAAGAUAUGUGACUUUUAUUUAGUUUCCUUUUGAUGUGUUUCCUUGUUAGAGUAUACACUAAGGUUUACUGUUAUGGUUCUGUAGCUCUAUAUAAAAGGACGAUUUCCCGAAUAAUCAAGUAUCAGAGAAGUUUGGUCAUAUUUUGGAGGUAUUUCGAUCCUCGAAACUCCAAAGUUAGGAGAUUCAUCAGUCUCUCAAAGUACCAGCAAACACUUUCCAGUAUAAUCUGAUCUCGGGUUAUACCAUAUCCUUAUGCUUGUGUUGUGACUAAGGAGCUUGUGAAUUUGUUUGAACGCUAAUAUUUAGCUUCAGCAAUGGAGACAUAUCGAAAACUUGUCUGGUUCGUGUUUCUUCCUGUUCUUGUCUUCUUCAGUUAUUAUUGCAGAUGUUUUAUCUCAUUUGUCAAAGGCCGACUUGGCUUAGGGGUAAAACCAUUUACCUUCUAAGGUCGUGGGUUCGAAUCCACCUCCCUACAUUGAAAUGUAGGGUUCAAUGUAGGAUAAGGUGGCCUAGUAUAUUCCCUUCCCCAACACCCCCACUAGAUAGGGAUACGAAAUGGGUUGGUCCUUUUUUUUUUAUCUCAUUUGUCUGAAUUCUUCUUUAAUUGGUUUUUUCAGUUUCAGAAGAGCAGAAGAUUCCUUGGCCAAUAUGCGAGGUUAAUCGUAUACUGUGGUUACUUGCCUUGACGGCCAAGUCAACACCUUACCCUCCAUCUUCUGGAGUUCACUGCACAAAACUUGAGGUGUUUGGUUAUUCGUAGACCUGGAAUUGGCUCCAUCGCAACAACACUGAUGGAUUUUCAGAUGGUUAAAUGCCAAAAGAAUCAAUAUUUGCUGCUUUCAACAGUUUUCCUGGGGAUCCAUAUGAUUAUUUUUGUUCUUACAGAUCACAGGUACCCCUGGUUCUAUGCACAUCAACAAGAAAUGGGCAAAGAGACAUUGUGACUCCAAUGUUACAACAUGUCAUAAAUUCUCACUCUGGAAUGUAUCAUCAAGAAUAUGUGCAACACAGGAGAGAUUUUGUUGUUACAAAGAAGGGAUAAUGCCACUAUAUGUAUAGAUCCAUGGCUUCAUUGAAACUCCAGACUGCGAGGAGGAAGACGACGACAACGGCAGUUGUUGAGAAGAGGGUUAUGCAGAGGCUCUGCUCAUAGGGCGCCAUAUCUUUCAGUCUCAGCCAUUCAUCUCCUACUGUAUACUCCUCCUGUGGAUCACAUAGACCAUAACUUCACGUAAAGCAAAAGAAGUACAAAUAAAUGACGCUAGAUUCACUUUGUAUAUUGCCAGGUUUCAUUUUUGCCAUUUGUGAAAAAAAUGGCCUAGAAAGUCUGUGGUCACAGCUAUGAAAAAUGACAAUGAGAUGCUGCAUUUCACAUCAUCAUUGCAUAUAUCCACAAGGUGUAAUUAAUUAUAUGUUUGUUUUCAUGCAUUUUGCUUCUUGGGUGCAGUGUUCAUUGAACCUAUCCUCCCUUCCAACUGGUGAGAGCCCAACUCCUGGGAAACCCUGGAACAGUUCCAAGGGGACAGGAGAAUCAAGAUUGGCUGCAGGUCAAUGUUAUGUCGUGUUUGUCCAUCUGGCUUUCCGUUGGAAAAGAGACCAAGUCAGAAACACGAGAGAGUCCAUUAGAGGAAAGAAUAUAAUAUUUUCAUUUUUUCAUGAACUGUGUUUGUAAUAUCUGCGUGGUUGUGUGUGUAUAUAUAUCAAAUUUGAUAGAUGAAUUUUUUACCAUCUUGUUUAGAAUC